AUGCCGAUCACAAGGAUCAAGCUUCAACACGGAAAGAACUCAGUGGCGAACUCGGGUGUCCAAUCGAAGAAAAGUUCGUGUUUCUUAGACGUCGGCGUGACUCAGUGCACCGGCGGACAACCCAAUCGGAGAAAGCUACUUGAAGAAAAACGACAGUCUAGAUUAAUCGACGCCGACGGCGAGCAAGAGAUAUGGAGUUGGGGGGCAGGAACCGACGGGCAGCUGGGCACCGGGCGACUCGAGGAUGAGAUCCUCCCUCAACUCCUCCGGAUUCCGUCACUCUCCUCUGGCGCCGUCGUUUCAUCCGUGUCCUGCGGCGGCGCUCAUGUCAUCGCUUUGACUGCUGGAGGAGGGGUGCUUACAUGGGGAAGAGGCAAUUCAGGGCAGUUGGGGCUAGGGGACAUGGUGAGCAGCUUAGAACCUAAGCCAGUGAUGGGGUUGGAAGGCUGCUUCAUAACCCAUGUUUCUGCGGGAUGGAGCCAUUCUGGUUUUGUUUCAGAUGAGGGAAAGGUUUAUAGUUGUGGGGAUGGCUCAUUUGGGCAGUUAGGGCAUGGGGAUUUCCAGUCACGUUGCUUCCCUGAUGAACUCUUGUUUUUCUCUGAUAAACAUGUUGAUCAGAUUGCAUGUGGGAUGCGCCACUCGCUUGCAUUGGUGAAAGGUUGUUGUGGUGCUCAAGUUUAUGGAUUUGGAGCUGGGAAGCGAGGUCAAUUGGGCAUCUCCAAGAAGAUUCAAUCUGUUAAUCUUCCCGUUCUAUCUUCAGAAUUGGAAGCUGCUGAAAUAGUCGGCAUAGCUGCAGCUGGAGAUCACAGUGCUGCGCUAUCCACUGAUGGGCGUCUCUUUACGUGGGGACGAGGAUUCAGAACGAAUUCGGAUGCAUUUUCUCCUCAAUAUCUUCCUUCACCAUUGUCGUUCAGGAAAGUUGCUCUUGGAUGGAACCAUGCACUAGUUUUAACUGAUGAAGGGGAACUUUAUAUGCUUGGUGGCAAACAUCACGGAACCUUGAGCGAUUCUGAAAAGCUCAAUGCCACGAAUUCUCUGCCCGGUGCUACAAAUGAAGACAAUUUCCGAGCAGUCCCUGCUGGUGGAAUAAAAAUCUUGGAUAUCGCAGCCGGGGCUGAGCAUUCUGUGGUGGUUACAGAGGAUGGAGCUGUAAAGACAUGGGGCUGGGGGGAGCAUGGUCAGCUGGGUUUGGGAGAUACAUGUGACCACACCAACCCACAAACAGUUUUUCUGCGCCACAAACUUGAGAGUGCAGAUUUUGACGUCAAAGUUUAUUCUGGCAGCGGCUUUACUGUUGCCAUUACAACGCCCCAUGCGGCUGCAAAGCUCACCAAUUGAAACUGCAAUUGGACCUUUGAGUUGCCUGGUAGCUGGUCUGUCAUUGUAUGAUUUUAACUGCUAAUGGAAUAUUACAUUUCACCAUCACAGGCUGAAAUAAAACAUCAACGAUUAUAUUGAGCUAACUGAUUCCCGGGAA